CGGCACCAUGGAGCGGACCAACAACGGACAGCACUACCGUCAGACCAACAGCUUCACCAUGGACGACGUCUACCAGAACAGAAUCAGCUACAAUCACGAUGGAUCCAACUCACUGAAGGACAGAUUCACCUUCACUGUAGCUGACGGGACUAACGUCUUCUUUAUGGUGGAGGAGGCAGGCAAAGAGGUGUUGACUGCUGCACCCCAGAUGUUUAAGAUCGACAUUCUACCUGUUGAUGAUGGAACACCUCGUAUCGUCAUAAACCUGGGUCUGCAGUGGCUGGAGUACACAGACAACAAG